UAUAGGCCUAGAGACUUUCCCAUCUCUUACACACUCACACAGGCACAAAAUGUAUCUUAGUACAUUAAAAGCUCAAGCUGAAGUUAAAAUGCCAGCAGUAAAGUGAAAGAGCCAGGAAUGAGCCACGGUCUGUUGUUACUUCUGAUGUCAGUCAUAUAUUUGUCUGGUCAUGUGAUCAUUAAUGAUGGAUCCACUCUCAGGCCAGAACUUACUGGGCCUAGUAUGGCCUUCCUUAAAUCUACAGUAAAGUUUGAAUGCAAGCUGUCGGAUUCACCAUCACCGGUGACCUUUGAACUUAUAAAGGGCAAUGAUGAGCUCCUUGCCACAAAAAAUGGUCCAAUCACAUUUCCUCUAAAAGUCAGAAAUGGGUCAGAGGGAGAGUAUUUUUGCAGAGUGACAGCAAGAAAUCACACAAGCACAAGCAACCCAGUGCACUUACAAGUAGUGAUUCCUGUCCUAGGUGCCUCCUUAGUCCCGGAACCCAGCCCCCCUGUCAUCUAUGAGGGGGCGGGGUUUAAUCUGAGCUGUAAGACCAAAAUGGGGUCUCACCUCAAAUACUCAUGGUACCACAACAAGCAAGAAGUGACCUCACCCUCGCCUCUUCAUCAUUUUGUUGGAAACAUGCUGACAGUGGAUAGGGCUGUUGAAAGGCAUGCUGGGACAUACUUAUGUGAGGCCCAAAACAAGAUGGAGAACAAUUCUAGAGUCUCCAGCAGUAUGCCAGUCACCGUCGUGGUAAAAAAAUAUCUGUCAGCUCCCAGGCUGUCAUUCACACUUUUCCAUGAUGGCUCAGGCUACUAUGCUAACAUCAGCUGUCGGUUGUCCUAUGGAAGCCCUCCAGUGAUGUUCCAACUGCUCCUAAAUGGGAAGCGUGUUGAUUUGCAGCAAGUGGAUUUACUGGAAGCUUGGUUUUCUCAGCCUGUCACUGUAGGACUGGAUAUGGGUACAGUACAGUGCAUAGCAAAAAAUGACAUCCAGCAGCUUUUCAGUAACUCAGUAGAUCUGGAAGUUGUUCCGGUUAUGGGGACUGCACAUGUCCAAGUGGAGUAUCUCCAUAAAGCAGAUUCUGUAGUAGCGGCUGCCCUGCUCCAGUGUAUGAUCACCAUGGGGACUUUUCCUAUCUACUCAUGGUCCUUCAACGGCUCCACCGUACCCCUGGAGGCCAAUUCCCCUACUUUUAUCCAACAUAACCAGGUCCUAGUUCUCACACACCUCAGCCCUGGGAACUUGGGUUAUUACAGCUGUCGAGUGAGGGACAGUUUCAACUCUAACUCAUCCUGGGUGGAGAGUGAGAAGGUCUUGGUGAAGAUGACAGAUUUUGACAUGACACGAAUAGAGGUCGUAGCUGUGGUCUUCUGCUGCUUCCUGUUCGUGAUGAUGGUGGGAGGAGCUUGCUGCCUCUUCUGGAGCAUAAACUCUGAGCCUGUAAUGACAGACAACCGCCAUCAUGUACACUGCCAUGAAUGUAUCAACACUGAGAACCAUCACUCCAUGCCAGAGACUCUGUCACACAUUGAAGAGAUGGAAACUGUGAUUAUGGAAGUGGAAGUCUAGACUAAGGCAUGAUUGUUAAACAGAUCAAUUGUAUUGUAGAUCAAUUCUCACUCAUGAAUAUGAUGAACAUUUGGACUUGAACAAAUGACUGAAGAAACCGUGAGAGGAGCAAGACUCAAAAGAGAGCCCAUCAACUUCUGGGUGACACCGAUAGUGGGAUUAUAAAGACAAACAGUAAUAAGUGUGUUGAAAGCAUGUUCUGUGUGAGAAUACUGUGAAUAAGGGCACAAGACAAGUCUUUAUGAUUACAGCAACAGCUCUUAGAAGGAAUAAAUCUAAAGUAUCAAA